GCCACGUGCUUCAUCCAAGUAUAGACACAACUUCCCUCGACCAUGCCAUCCAUCAAACAGCCUAGAUGGUACAUUCAAAUCCCCAUCCCUUCACCCUCUCUCCCCCGAUAUUCCUUUUCCCUUUCAUGUAUUCACCACAUUUUCCCUUUUUUUGUGUAACUCUUCCCUUGAACCAGCCCAAAAGACACCGGGUGACCAUGAAGACCGAAGACCGUCAUCAUGCAAUGCCAUCUGUUCAUCGUGUACUUAACAGAGGCGAUUGCAAGAUGAGUUUAAUGCUGAGAAAGAAAAAAAAGACAAUGGAACAACGCCGGAACCAUGUUGAUAGAGACACGAGGAGGUACCUGUAUGCGAACCGUAACCGUACCCCCUCCAAAUGCUGCCGCUUGUUGUUGCUCCGUGCUUUUCCUUCCCUGGGGAGAAGGUGGAAAUCCCGUCCCUUCCCCCCUGCUUUACAUUGCCUUUUUGCCUGCCUCCUGUUGUUCCGUUUUUUCUUUCCCUUUCUUCUUUCUGUCUCCUGUCCUGUGCCUGUCUAUGCUCGCCAUUUUGCCAAUGUGGGUGGUCGGGAGAGCCUCUUCUCUUCUCUUCUAGAAUGCAAAGCCGACAAAAAAAUGUAACAGAAAUCUAUCAGUUCGUUUCACCAAACGCAACACAACGCAACACGACACAAUCGACCAACCUAACCCUGAAAAUCCCCGAGCUCGGUGCUCAUGGUUAAGG